CAGCUUUCAGUGCUGGAUUGAAUUUUCAAUCACAUGACUUCUGCAAACAAAGUGACAUCAUUUCCUGGACCCGGGGAUGAAGUUUGUAGGUGAAUUGAGAUAUGUCCAUUAAAGCCAAACAAUGUUAGAUGUUUAAGGGUGAACACACGUUUAUAUUUUACACGUGUACUGUAAUUUUCUAUUUAAAAAAAAAAAAAAAAGAACCCUACUCUUGAUGUUUCUUUCAAGAAAAGCUGAUAUUGUUCCAGCUCACAUCCCUGAAAGAUGUCACAACCUAUAUGUAAAUAAUAAAACCAAACACUGUCAACAUGAAAGUGAAAUCACGCUCUGGGGAUUUCCGCUGUUUACCUUUCGGAGUUACAUCUGUCAUCUAACCAGUUUCACUCACUCCUCAAAGCCGUCAUCGGCGUCUCCAUGGCACGGACACCAAACUAGCCAGGUCUGAAAAUUACACCUGAGACUACAGACACGCGGGAGCAGACAACAUGCUGGAUUUGUACGCUCACUAUAAGUUUUAUCAUUUCUUCUCCAUCUGCUUCGGCCUGGGCUGUGGACUCUGUAGCUACAGGCCGUACUACUCGCUGGUGAUGCCGGUCGUCCUCACUGUCUUCUGCAUGUUUGUUUUUGAAGCUGUGGGCUGGUGCUUUGGGUUGCCUCCACACACCAGACAAUGCAGAGGUCCACCUUUCCACUGGAGAGAUGCACUGUGGGGGUUCGCUUUUGCUCUGAUUGUGGCUGUCCUACAUCUCCAUUCUUAUCACGUCUACACUCUCUCUCACGGCAGUGGCGUUGCUGUGUUUGCCAUCCGAGGAGCCAUACGGAGGUGCAGAGCUCUGUGGAAGCACAGGAACAAAGGCUACACCUACUUCACAGGGACUAAUGGACAAAGAGGCCACACCUACUUCACAGGGACUAAUGGACAAAGAGGCCACACCUUCUUCACAGGGACUAAUGGACAAAGAGGCCACACCUUCUUCACAGGGACUAAUGGACAAAGAGGCCACACCUUCUUCACUGGGACUAAUGGACAAAGAAGCCACACCUUCUUCACUGGAACUCCCCGGAAUAGAGGCCACGCCUCCUUCACUGGGACUAAUAAUGGACAAAGAGACCACACCUUUUUCACUGGAACAAACUGGAACAGAGGCCACACCUCCUUCACUGGAAUGCCCCGGAACAGAGGCCACGCCUACUCUACUGGAACUGACUGAUCCAGGGGACUUCCCUUACUCACGCUGUAUAGUUCAUAUUUAUCAGUAAAUUAUAGGGUAAAAUUAUGUGAUUUAUUUUAAUGUAAUACGCUGAGAUUUUGGAUUCCAAAUAUUAAAAUUGCUCUAAAAUGUUAUGUAAAGAACAUGAUGAUGAUGAUGAUGAUGAUGAUGAUUCUGGAUAAGCAUUGUUGUGGUUGCAUAAUGCAGCAUAGUUUUAAAACGAAUGCUUUUUUAUUACUUUUCUUUUGUAUUUUCUGUGUUCAUUCUGGACCUAUUCUUAAACUGCAGCAUUCUGGUUGCACUAACACUU